AUGGAGAGAGAGAGAGGAUUCAACUUCAAGCUGUUGGUGCCUCCUAGAGUCAACCCACUCCCAGGACAGGUUUCUACCGUCAAACCACAGGAAACAGUCGAGGAUAGGGGAUGUUUCAUGCAAACUUUGCAGCAGGUAUCUCAGCUAUAUGUUUUGUUUGAAAUAAACAUUUUGGUAUUCUCUCAAUAUGAAUGACCUUACAUUGAUGUGCUAUUUCAUGUCUUAGGGUUAUAAUAAAUGUUUGGACAAAGAGUCAAACAUGCCUUUUCCCUCUAUGAAUACGGUUGUGCCAACAAAAUCCACCAGAUCAGGUAUUUUAUUAUCAUAUGCAUUAUACUUUUAAAAUUACAUUUUAGUCAUUUAGCAGACGCUCUUAUCCAGAGCGACUUACAUGAGCAAUUAGGGUUAAGUGCCUUGCUUAAGUGCACAUCUACAGAUUUUUCACCUAGUCGGCUAAGGGAUUAGAACCAGCGACCUUUCGGUUACUGGCACAACACUCUUACCCACUAAGCUACCUGCCGCCCCAACAGGGACAUUCGACAUACAGAACGUGACUGUGCUACUCCCAGUUCAAAUUAAUAUGGAACUUUAAUUUCAGAAAGCUCACACUUAAAACAAUUUUUUUAGGCCUGGUUUGUCAGACCCAGAUACUCCAUUGAAGGUGCUUUUUAGUCAAAGAAAUAGCGAUCAGCUAAACCUGCAUCUUGCACAUGCAUCUCGAGGUUGAAUUAUUUCCUCAUAUAUUUUCUCUCCCCUCAGAAGAUGUAUUCAAGAUGAAAGUUGUGCCACCAAUGGAAAAUGAAGAAGUAAGUAAACUUAGUUUGGUGUGAACACAGAUAAAAACAUAAUAGUAUGUGAUGUGUCUUGGAGCUGGUGGGACGUAGGGUGGGACGUGGGGGAAUAAACCUGCUAUAGAGAGCAGAGGGGGAUGUUUGCUUUGCCUAGCCCCUUGAUUCCUGACGUUGCCCUAUAUGUUCACCUGUUUAUAUUACACCAAUGAGUAGCAAUCAGAAGUGGGGUGUGAUUUCCAAUGGGUCUUUAGAAAACCACUUGGCAUGUUCUAAACAUUUGCUUCUGAAAAACUGCAAUGGUCACGUCAACUUUAGCACGCAACAAUAUAUAGUGCAUUCGGAAAGUAUUCAGAACCUGUCAAGGCUCUGAUGCGGAUGUGGUGUGGAAUCAAGUGCAGGACACAGGAGCUAAGUCAACCAGACUUUACUAGAAUAAACAAAAUAACAAACGGGUCAAACAAACCCGGAGGCGAACAAUACGCAACAGUGCGUAAAACUCCAAAAACCCGACUGCGCACGAAACAACAGUGCGACGGUACAAACAAGCGACGGGCAAAACUGAACAGCACCAACAGACAGGUGAAAACAAUUACACACAACACAUGACAGAAACAACGAGAACUUAUAGGACACCUAAUCAACACUAAACAUGAACAGGUGUACCAAACAGACCAAACCAAACAAACAUCGAAAACAAAGAACGGUGGCAGCUAGUACUCCGGAGACGACGACCGCCGAAGCCUGCCCGAACAUGGAGGAGGAGCAGCCUCGGCCGAAACCGUGACAGUACCCCCCCCCUUGACGCGCGGCUCCAGCCGUGCGCCGACCCCGGCCUCGAGGACGACCAGGAGGACGCGGAGCAGGGCGCGUGGGAUGACCACGAUGGAACUCAGUCAGAAGAGACGGGUCUAAGAUGUCCCUCCUCGGCACCCAGCACCGCUCCUCCGGGCCGUACCCCUCCCACUCCACGAGAUAUUGGAGACCCCCCAUCCGACGUCUCGAAUCCAAGAUGGACCUGUCGACCAACUGGUCGAAUGUGAAAUUGGUGUCCCUGCAGGCCAACUCACGUUGAACGUCCUCCUGUAGACUACAUCGAAAGUGAUCGAUGAGGGCCCAUUCAUUCCACCCUGCAUCUGCCGCUAGAGUCCGGAACUCCAGUGCGAACGCCUGUGCGCUCCUCCUCCCCUGUCGGAGGUAGAAGAGACGCUCCCCCGCCGCUUUGCCCUCAGGUGGAUGGUCGAACACGGCCUUGAAGCGACGGGAGAACUCCGCGUAGGAGAUGGUGGUGGCGUCGAUCCUCCUCCACUCGGCGUUGGCCCAUUCCAACGCCUUGCCCGUGAGACAGGAGAUGAGGGCGGAAACGCUCUCGUGUCCCGAGGGCACCGGGUGUACAGUGGCCAGGUAGAGCUCCACCUGCAGGAGGAACCCCUGACACCCGGCAGCUGUGCCGUCAUACGCCCUCGGGAGCGUGAGCCGAAUCCCACUGGGUUCCGGACCUGGGAUGGGCGGACCGACCGAUGGUGGUGGUGAGGUAGAUGGGGGUGUGGGUACCCCUCUGGACUCCCAUCGGUGUAAUGUGUUGAUGACGUCCUGCAGCGCGGUCCCAAGCUGACGGAUCUGAUCAUCCUGGCCGCGGACGUGCUCCUCCAGCGACACAGGCGCUGCUGUUGCUUCUGCUGAUUCCAUAAAGUGGUGUGUAAUUCUGUCAAGGCUCUGAUGCGGAUGUGGUGUGGAAUCAAGUGCAGGACACAGGAGCUAAGUCAACCAGACUUUACUAGAAUAAACAAAAUAACAAACGGGUCAAACAAACCCGGAGGCGAACAAUACGCAACAGUGCGUAAAACUCCAAAAACCCGACUGCGCACGAAACAACAGUGCGACGGUACAAACAAGCGACGGGCAAAACUGAACAGCACCAACAGACAGGUGAAAACAAUUACACACAACACAUGACAGAAACAACGAGAAUUUAUAGGACACCUAAUCAACACUAAACAUGAACAGGUGUACCAAACAGACCAAACCAAACAAACAUCGAAAACAAAGAACGGUGGCAGCUAGUACUCCGGAGACGACGACCGCCGAAGCCUGCCCGAACAAGGAGGAGGAGCAGCCUCGGCCGAAACCGUGACAGAAGAUCCCACCAUACCUGGACCAAGCAGCGUGAAGGGGAGAGAGGAUGGACUUUGGAGCAGUGGAGUAAGAGUCUCGACUGGGCCAAGCCAAGUGAAGAGCAGAGAGGUUGGACUUUGAAGCAGUGGAGUGAAUGUCUGGCUAGAGACAUGGAGGCCUGGUCCAAGAGGAGAGCCGCCCAGACAUUUUUUAGGGGGGGGCUCACGCCGGGGACGACGGGGCAUCAGGAGGCCGCGAUAGAGCGGUCCAGCGGGUUGGCAGAGGAGGCCGCCAGGUUACGGGGGCCACUGGUAUUAAAGGGGAAGGAAAGUGUAGAGGCACGGCGAGAGGUACUGGGGUGUGUUACCAGUCCGGUCCGGCCCGUUCCUGAUCCCCGCGUAGGGCCAGUGGUGUGUGUCCCCAGUACGGUCCGGCUUGUUCCUGUCCCUCGCAUCGAGCCUGUGGUGCGCGUCGCCAGCCCGGUCCGGCCUGUUCCUGCUCCCCGCACCAAGUCUGUAGUGCACUUCGUCAGCCCGGCUCGGCCCGUUCCUGCUCCCCGCACCAAGUCAGUGGUGCGCUUCGUCAGCCCGGCUCGGCCCGUUCCUGCUCCCCGCACCAAGCCAAUGGUGCACGUCGCCGGCCCGGCCCGGCCUGUUCCUGCUCCCCGCACCAAGCCUAUGGUGCGCGUCGCCAGCCCGGUCCGGCCCGCUCCUGCUCCCCGCACCAAGCCAAUGGUGCGCGUCGCCAGCCCGGCCCGGCCUGUUCCUGCUCCCCGCACCAGGCCAAUGGUGCGCGUCGCCAGCCCGGUCCGGCCCGCUCCUGCUCCCCGCACCAAGCCAAUGGUGCGCGUCGCCAGCCCGGUCCGGCCCGCUCCUGCUCCCCGCACCAAGCCUAUGGUGAGCGUCGCCAGCCCGGUCCGGCCCGUUCCUGCUCCCCACACCAAGCCAGUGGUGUGCGUCGUCAGUCCGGCACGGCCCGUGCCUGUUCCACCGGUGCCUGGUCCGGCACCGGUCAGCUGCUUCACACUGGAGCUAGAGCAAUCCGCUCCACCAGUGUGCAGUCCAGUUCCGGCCAGCGGGGCCAGACCGGACCAGGGGUACUUUGGGAGGUUGGAGAGGGAGUGGGGAUCAGGCCCGGAGCCGGAUCCGCCGCCAAGGCGGAGUGCCCACCCGGUCCCUCCCCUGUGGUGUUUGGUUGGCGCGGCCGGAGUCCGCGCCUUUGGGGGGGGGGUACUGUCACGCCCUGGCUCUGGGGACUCUAGUAUGUUGAGCCAGGGUGUGAGUUUUCAUUUGUUUUCGUUCUAGUUUUGUAGUUCUAUGUUGGCCAGUGUGGUUCUCAAUCAGAGGCAACGUGUAUCAGCUGUUGCUUGUUGUCUCUGAUUGGGAACCAUACUUAAGCAGCCAGUUUUCCCACAGUGUUUGUGGGAUCUUGUUCCGUGUUCCUGUAUAGGUUUGUGUUUUGCACCUUUGGACGUCACGUUAUCGUUUGUUGUUUUUGUUCGUGUUAUCAUUCAAAUUAAUAAAAUAUGUUCACCUUCCACGCUGCGCCUUGGUCCUCUGUUCCCGACGAUCGUGACAGAACCCUUCCCUUUUUCCACAUUUUGUUAUGUUCCAGCCUUAUUCUAAAAUUGAUUCAAUUAAUUUUUCCCUCAUCAAUCUACACACAAUACCCCAUAAUGACAAAGCGAAAACAGGUUUUUAGAUUGUUUUGCAAAUGUAUUAAGAAUAAAAAACGGAAAUACCUUAUUUACAUAAGUAUUCAGACCCUUUGCUAUGAGACUCGAAAUUGAGCUCAGGUGCAUCCUGUUUCCAUUGAUCAUCCUUGCGAUGUUUCUACAACUUGAUUGGACUCCACCUGUGAUAAAUUCAAUUGUUUGGACAUGAUUUGGAAAGGCACACACCUGUCUAUAUAAGGUACCACAGUUGACAGUGCAUGUCAGAGCAAAAACCAAGCCAUGAGGUUGAAGGAAUUGUCCGUAGAGCUCUGAGACAGGAUUGUGUCGAAGCACAGAUCUGGGGAAGGGUACCAAAAAAUGUCUGAUGCAUUGAAGGUCACCAAGAACACAGUGGCCUCCAUCAUUUUUAAAUGAAAGAAGUUUGGAACCACCAAGACUCUUCCUAGAGCUGGCCGCCUGGCCAAACUGAGCAAUCGGGGGAGAAGGGCCUUGGUCAUGGAGGUGACCAAGAACCCGAUGGUCACUCUGACAGAGCUCCAGAGUUCCUCUGUGGAGAUAGGAGAACCUUCCAGAAGGACAACCAUCUCUGCAGCACUCCACCAAUCAGUCAUUUAUAGUAGAGUGGCCACACGGAAGCCAUUCCUCAGUAAAAGGCACAUGACAUCCCGCUUUGAGUUUGCCAAAAGGCACUUAAAGGACUCUCAGACCAUGAGAAGCAAGAUUGAACUCUUUGGCCUGAAUGCCAAGCGUCACGAAACCUGGCACCAUCCCUACGGUGAAGCAUGGUGGUGGCAGCAUCAUGCUGUGGGGAUGUUUUUCAGAGGCAGGUAGUGGGAGACCAGUCAGGAUUGAGGGAAAGAUGAACGGAGCAAUGUACAGAGAGAUCCUUGAUGAAAACCUGGGGCGAAGGUUCACCUUUCAACAGGACAACGACCCGAAACACACAGCCAAGACAAUGCAGGAGUGGCUUCGGGACAAGUCUCUGAAUGUCCUUGAGUGGCCCAGCCAGAGCCCGGACUUGAACCCGUUCGAACAUCUCUGGAGAGACCUGAAAAUAGCUGUGCAGCGACGCUCCCCAUCCAACCUGACAAAGCUUGAGAGACUCUGCAGAGAAGAAUGGGAGAAACUCCCCAAAUACAGGUGUGCCAAGCUUGUAGCGUAAUACCCAAGAAGACUCGAGGCUGUAAUUGCUGCCAAAGGUACUUCAACAAAGUAAAGGUUAUAAAUACUUAUGUACAUUUGAUGUUUCAGUUUUUUAUUUUGAAUACAUUUGCAAAGAUUUCUAACAACCAAUUUUUUCUUUGGCAUUAUGGGGUAUUGUGUGUAGAUUGAUGAGGGGAAAAAACCAAUUGAAUCCAUUUUAGAAUAAGGCUGUAACUCAACAAAAGUUUGAAAAAGCCAAGGGGUCUCAAUACUUUCCGAAUGCACUUUUUUGAUAAUAAUAAUACUUUUGGGCUGAACAAAAAAUUAAGAGGACAGAUUAUUGUAUGGGACAAUAUACAAACGUUUUUGGGAAAGAUACAUUGAUAAGAAAGAAAUUGACUGAUUUUAAGGUUGUGUCAUCAGAUUUGGGGAGGGGUGGGGUCAUCAGAAAUUCUGGCUAAAGAAAUGGGGUCCCCGCUGAAAAAGUUUGAAAACCACUGGCCUAGAUAGAUAACACAUUCUACAACUCACCAGCAAGCCAAUAUUAGUUGAGUGUUAGUCUCUGGUGGAGAGACUACGUAAACAUAAAUGGUACCGUAGGUCUGUCAUGAUACAACGGGAUGCGGGAGAUAGCGAGCAGCAUUAGUUCCGGUCCUUGGGUUUUUCCUCACCGGUUAUUUGGAAAAAUCUAGAUUUGGUGUGGUGUGUCGAAUUUCGGAAGGGGAGGGGACAUUUGGCCCAUAGACUUACCCGUAACUUGCAAAGAGAGAGGGUGGAGCUCCUCGUUCUAUCUCUUCUCUUCACAUGUAUGGACCCAGAACUUAAUCGAGCAUCUGACCAAUUACGCGAGAUUAACCGAGAUUAGUCGCAUGUGAGCAAAUGAGCCUUUAUCUCAAUUUAUCUCACUUCUCAGGAGCAUUAGUUUUAAAUAAUAGGCUAUGUGAUUCAGAGGAGACUGGUGGGGGAAGAGCUAUAGGAGGAUGGGCUCAUUGUAAAGACUGGAAUGGAAAAGUAUCAAACAUAUGGAAACCAUGUUUGACUCCGUUCCAUUGAUUCCAUUACAGCCAUUACAAUGAGCCUGUCCUCCUAUAGCUCCUCCCACCAGCCUUCGCUGAUGUGAUUAUGCAUAGAUUAUGCUGUAAAGUUCUGAUAUGUGUUUUCUAAAUCUUCCUAGACCAAUUUCAAACCCAGUCAGCUGUAUUCAAAACUUUUUGAAGAAGUUCAGAAAGUAAAAUAUUGGAAAGUCAAAGUGGACUCAGAGGCUGUGCAAAAAGACAGGAAGCUGCAGGAAAACAAAAUAACAAUUGAAACCCAACGCAAAGCCAUUCAAGAAUUGCAGGUUUGUACCAGUAAAUGUACAGGUAUAGGCCUAUAUUGAAAUGACAGAGUAAAAAUGCUAUAGUCCUUUAAAAAAAAUAUUAUUAUUAUUGUUAUCCUAUGUUUCCUUUCCUUUAUGUUCAGUUCGGAAAUGAAAGCCUCAGCAUAAAACUAGAAGAUCAGAUCAGUGAGAAUGAUGAUCUGCAGAACAAGUAUGUAUUUGAUUAUAACAUGAUACUGUCACUAUAGAUUGUAUCAUCAUCAUUCUGCUUUUAUCUGUAAUGUUUAUUUCUUCAACAGAAACAAUGCAACACGGAACCUAUGUAAUAUACUGAAGGAUACGUUUGAAAGAUCAGCGGAGAAAAUCCAUCUAUGUGAGUAAAACAUGCCGUCUACUCAGCCUAAGUGUACAUGCUAGUUGCCUGAAUGCAAAAUGAUGACAUUUCGUAGUCUACGUUGUCCUCAAACCAACCUAUGUUCUCUUAGUUGAAUCUGAAAGAGAGGAAACCCAUCACUUGUUCAUGGACAACAGUGAAAGUAUUCAGGUGAAUAUUAUAAUUUCCUGUUCUUUUGAUUAAAAUGAUAUAAUGUAUUUGUUAUCUUCAUUAAUAAAGCAUGUAUGGCGUCAGUUACAUGAUGCUAGUGAAGAACAAUAAAAAAAAAAAGUUAAUUAAUUGUUAUAGAGGAUGAGUGCUGCCUUUGAGAGCCUACGUAUUCAAGCAGAAACUGACCGCCAUGAAAUGCUGAAAGGUAUGUAUAUAUCAUCAUCAAUGCACUUGUAUUGUGUUGUUGUGAACAUAACACUAGGCACUUUACACAGUAUAUAAAAAGAGAACAAUAACUCCAAUGAUGUGAACAUUUUACAGUCAAAGAGGAUUUGCAAGAAUGUGCCAUUCUAAAGGAGACAUUUGAGAAAGAAUUCAGCAUGAAAGAAGAAGAGGUUCGUCUAUAACUGACUCAACAUGAGUAAUGGACACCCUCUCUCUGAGUGGUUCCCAAAACAAACAUUUUUGUAAACCUUGUUGUCACAAACAAUAUGAACAGUAUUUGACAUUGUGUAUGUAGACUAUGCAAACUGAAAGUAUCUCUUACAGGUUGUGAUACUUCAGAUGAAAAUGAAGGACAAAGAAAAAGAACUUCAGGCAAUCCUGCUCAACCUCCAUGAAACCCAAGAGAGUUGCAAACGGUUACAACAGGCAGAAAGUAAGAUGGUCACUAUUUGGACGAGACUAAUAUUACUAGAGACGUUGGUUAUGUAAUUAUUAUCCCAGCAUGUGAGUUAUUCCAUAGGACGAUUUGCACAGGAUGUUUUUCCAAACUGCCUCCAUUAUUCUUUUUUUCCCUUCAUUCAAUUUACCAUUAUGACAGAAGCCUGGAGGUUUUUAUUCUAGGUGUGAAGAUAUUUCAACGUCAUGUCUAGACAGUAGGCUACACUGAUAACUCGUGCUUGGCUGCCAAAUUUAUAGGUGUCCCCAUAAUAUUUAAAUUGAGGAAGUGUGAUCAAAAUCAUUAUUUUAGCGAUCCACGGUAGAAGUCCCUCCGAAUAAAAAUGCCUCCAAUCCUGCUGAUAUGAGCUGCUGAACAGUAGGCCUAUUUGCACUUGAGAUACAUUUAUGGAUGAGAAAGUGAACUUGCCAUUUCCAAAAAAGUUGAGCUCAGUGGAUCGGGAUGCUUUGUGAUCUAUUAAUCUACUGCCUACUACAUCAACAGCCAGGGUUUCAUUAAAGCGGCAAUCAGCAGUUUAAACAAUAACAAUGCCUUCUCCCGCUUCUGUUUUGGUAAAAAGCUGAGGGAUGGGGCUGAAGAAAUGUAACCACUCUCAAAUUCAAAGACAUAGCUAUGGAUGCAAAGUCUGGGCAUCCAUGAUAUCAAAAUUAUAGUUUUAGGCUAUAAAGUGUUUGUUUACAUUUACAUUGUUUACAAACAUCAGAGUAAAACAAGCUUACAUUUUAGGUUCUGAUGGGGUACGACAGUUGAACUAAGCUCAUGAGGCAUUUAUAAGUUGUAUUCGUCAAGAAUCAAUGGGUACAUAUCAAUAAUUCACAAAUCCCAAAAUGGAUGUAGCAACAGCAGAUUGCCCCUUUAAAUAAGCCUAUAACCGCAAUACUUUUUUAUUGCGCAUUUAGGCCUAAUUAAGCUGACACAUUUGGCGAUGUUCAACUUCAAUUCACUGGCACAAAACAUAUAAAGAAAAGUAUUCAGUAUGAAAGUUGAUAAAGGCAGGCCAGUCAUAUGAAAUAUACACUAUAUAUACAAAAGUAUGUGCCCACCCCUUCAAAUUAGUGCAUUCGGCUAUUUCAGCCACACCUGUUGCUGACAGGUGUAUAAAAUAGAGCACACAGCCAUGCAAUCUCCAUAGACAAACAUUGGCAGUAGAAUAGCCUUACAGAAGAGCUCAGUGACUUUCAACGUGGCACUGUCAUAGGAUGCUACCUUUCCAACAAGUCAGUUUGUCAAAUUUCUGCCCUGCUAGAGCUGCCCCGGGCAACUGUAAGUGCUGUUAUUGUGAAGUGGAAACGUCUAGGAGCAACAACGGCUCAGCCGCGAAGUGGUAGGCCACACAAGCUCACAGAACCGGACCGCCGAGUGCUGAAGCACGUAGCGUGUAAAAAUCGCCUGUCCUCGGUUGCAAUACUCACUACCGAGUUCUAAACUGCCUCUGGAAGCAACUUCAGCACAAUAACUGUUCGUCGGGAGCAUCAUGAAAUGGGUUUCCAUGGCCGAGCAGCUGCACACAAGCCUAAGAUCACCAUGCGCAAUGCUAAGCAUCGGCAUGGUGUAAAGCUCGCUGCCAUUGGACUCUGGAGCAGUGGAAAUGCGUUCUCUGGAGUGAUGAAUCACACUUCACCAUCUGGUAGUCCGACAGAUAAAUCUGGGUUUGGCGGAUGCCAGGAGAACGCUACCUGCCCCAAUGCAUAGUGGCAACUAUAAAGUUUGGUGGAGGAAUAAUAGUUGUGGGUGUUUUUCAUGGUUCGGGCUAGGCCACUUAGUUCCAGUGAAGGGAAAACCUGUGCACAAAGCGAGGUCCAUACAGAAAUGGUUUAUCGAGAUCGGUGUGGAAGAACUUGACUGGCCUGCACAGAGCCCUGACCUCAACCCCAUCGAACACCUUUGGGAUGAAUUGGAACGCCGACUGCGAGCCAGGCAGAUUCGCGCAACAUCAGUGCCCGACCUCACUAAUACUCUUGUUGCUAAAUUGAAGCAAGUCCCCGCAGCAAUGUUCCAACAACUAGUGAAAAGCCUUCCCAGAAGAGUGGAGGCUUUUAUAGCAGCAAAGGGGGGACCAACUCCAUAUUAAUGCCCAUGAUUUUGGAAUGAGAUGUUUGACGAGCAGGUGUCCACAUACACUACCGUUCAAAAGUUUGGGGUCACUUAGAAAUGUCCUUGUUUUCGAAAGAAAAGCUAAUUUCUUGUCCAUUAAAGUAACAUAAAAUUGAUCAGAAAUACAGUGUAGACAUUCUUAAUGUUGUAAAUGGCUAUUGUAGCUGGAAACGGCUGAUUUUUUAUGGAAUAUCUACAUAGGCGUACAGAGGCCUAUUAUCAGGAACCAUCAGUCCUGUGUUCCAAUGGCACGUUGUGUUUGCUAAUCCAAGUUUAUAAUUUUAAAAGGCUAAUUGAUCAUUAGAAAACCCUUUUGCAAUUAUGUUAGCACAGCUGAAAACUGUUAAAUAAAACUGGACUUCUUGAGACUAGUUGAGUAUCUGGAGCAUCAGAAAUUGUGGGUUCGAUUACAGGCUCAAAAUAGCCAGAAACAAAUAACUUUCUUCUGAAACUCGUCAGUCUAUUCUUGUUCUGAGAAAUGAAGGCUUUUCCAUGUGAGAAAUUGCCAAGAAACUGAAGAUCUCGUACAACUCCCUUCACAGAACAGCGCAAACUGGCUCUGACCAGAAUUGAAGAGGAGUGGGAGGCCCCGGUGCACAACUAAGCAAAGAUUACGGAUGUGGUGUUUUGUUCUCGUGCACAUAAUUACAUUACCCCCAGUAAAACUAAUUCCGUCCGAAUAGGUCUUGGUGAACCUUUACCUCCAUUUCAUGCAUUUUACUGGAAGUUAAACUUAAAGCAUGGUAGCUGCAUCCUAACUGCUUUACUCCUGUAUAAUAUCAUGACAGAGCAACAUCAGGAAGCCCUUCAAUGUUGCAAACAAGAACAAGAAUCCCUGUUAGAAAGUCUGCAAAGUGCAGAACAACUCAAUGAAGAAUGUGAGGUUAGUAUGUUUUCUUGUACUCUAAUAUGCUGAUGAAAAUAAUAUUUAAAUCACAAGUUAUGCAAUUCAUCAUGCAUAUUCCAAGGGGGCAUAUGUUUGUCAUUUUACAUUCUAAAGUGUUAUUUAUCUUUAUGCGGCUGUGGACAGUACAUAAUGAGACAAUGGAAAACAUGCAUUGUUACUUUGAAUCUCUUUAGGGAAAUAGAAAAGCUAUUGCGACAGCAUUAGAGCGCAACAAAGAGGAGAAUGCAAAGGUCAUUGCCAAGAAAGACUCAAGCUUGGAAGAGCUCAACAAAAUAAAAGAUCAACAAGCAGACAAGCUUGUAGAGAUUCAGGCCACAGCCCAGGAAUUUCAGACAUCAUUAACAGUUGAGAUACAGAGGUGGGAAAUUCAUGUUUGGUGAACCCAAAUAGUCAGAAUGGUAAUCAAGAUUCUUAUAUUACUUUGAAUGUUAACUUGUUUCCCAGGGCAAAAGAACUUGAACUGAAGCUUACUGCAGUCACAGAGGAACUUGACUGGAAAAACAUUGAAUUAGGUAAAGUAUUGUUCGGCUUCGCCUCGUACCUACCGCCGUGCUAAAAAAGGUGUAUCACACACCCUCUCGUGUUAUAAUUGCUUUAUUUUCCAAACAUUGACAUUUGUUUUUAGCUUGUAUGCAACCAUAGAUUAAAUAUACUUUUUGUUUUCUAGGAGAGCUCAAAGAACAGAAAGAAAACCAAGACAGCCAGCUGCAAAUCCUUGAAGAUGAAUUGGUAAAGAUUACCGUAUUUGUGAACUAAAUUGGCACUUCCCUCAUAAAUGUCAUGCCUAGUCCAUGUAGUGAGGUUAAUGAAAGAUACAUUAUUUAACUCUUGCCUUUAGGAUUUCAAAACUAAAUCCAUACAGUCACUAGAGGAAACAAUUAAAAUUGUGGAGACCAGAACAUCAGAACUCACCACAGAGCUUGAGGGGAAACAUGCUGAAAUUCACCAAGUCAAGGUGAGAUGAUGUUCAGAUGAUUGUUGUGUAGAUACAUUUGUAGCGCUACUUAUUCAGAAGGAUAUUGGUUUGCAUAAGUCUUAUUAUCUUUUAAUAUUGGAAUAUGUUGUACCCUUCUAGAAUAAAGUGGAAAACCAUGUCUGUUGAAAAAUUUUUACUGGAAAAGGCUCUUGAAAAGGCUGAAACGAUGCAAAACGACUUGAAAGAAAAAUCCAAUAUGACUGAGGUUUGA